GCGACAAUGCCAGAGGUAGCCCGCACCGUGACACCCGCAGAAGACGAGCUGCGCGCGGCCAUUGCAGCUGUGAAGGCAUCGAACCCCGAGUUUGGCAUCGCCCGCGUACUGAGCACGAUCCGCUCCUCGCACGGCGACUGGCAGGUCAGCGAGAAGCGUGUGCGCAAGUUCCUGGGCGCGCUGGGGCUGGUGCAGAGCGACAAUGCCGGGAUCCCGAAGAGCUCAUUGGCGCCGACGGAUCUGGCGGCAACCACGGGCAAGGGCCAGGUGGAGAUCCGGUACAUCGACGGCACAAAGGGCAAGGGCGUGUUUGCAACGCAGGACAUGCAGCCUGGGAGCAUAGUGUUUGAGGAGACGCCCUUUGCGUGGUACCCGCGCUGGGACACCGUCGGCGCCGCCUACCACCUGGACGCCGAUCACGAGUGCCAGCUGUGCGCGCGCUCGCUGGACCCAACGGUAGUGCGCACGCGCGUGCGCCCGGCAAAAUGUGCCUCGUGCGGGGUCAAAUUCUGCAGCAGCAUCUGCAAGACCGAGGCCGAUAUGCAUUUCCACAAAAUUGAGUGCUCCAAGAGCAACCCGGCGUUUGCCAAGCUGGCCGAUUUCAGCCGCCGCCAGGACCAGUGGGGGGCGCCGAUGGGCGCUGUGCGCGCGCUGGAGCGCGUCAUCAUGGAGUUUGAGCAAAGCACGAGGCGUGGCCGCGAGGCGUGGGCUGGUCUAAAGGCCUUUGCCACUGUGAGCCAGGAGACGAUUGACGAGAGGCGGUUUGGCCCUGCUUGGUUCAUGUACCAGGAGGACCGCGAGAACAAAUGGAAGGCCAGCUACAAGCUGAUGAAGAGCGCCUUGUGUCCGCCGCCUGCAGCCUGCGGGCUCACGGCGUUUGACAGGAUCCCGGCCAAGAUCAAGGAGGAGAUGCUCUCGUACCAGGGAUGGCUGGAUCUGCUCGGAAAGUACUGCCUGAACGACCAGAAUGGCGGCUUCUAUCUGCUGCAGAGCUGCUUUAACCAUAGCUGCGUGCCCAACUGCCAGGUCUCGCAUCCAAACUCGGGAAAGUACCGCGCCCAUAUCGAGAUUCUGAAGCCCAUCAAGCAAGGCGAGGAGAUGUUUAUUACCUAUGUCAACCCCAGAGAUGGCGUCGAGGCGCGUCGCAAGGACCUGAAGGACUGGUACAUGUUUGAGUGCAGCUGCACGAGGUGCCAGAAGGAGCUGCAGGAUCUUCCAAAGACCGAACGCCAGGAAAAUGUCAUCACAAUUUAG